AAAAAGCUAUAAGACGAGCCUGAAUUAUAGAGCAUCCGCCCCCAGCGCCGGGAGAUAGAAGGAGGCUGCUGCUGCUGCCACUCUUAAUAUUAGUAUAUGUUUUAAGUUAGGUGGCAGCUAUGUAUAUUUUUUAUGUGGGGCAUUGAGACAACAGUUUCACAGUUGCAGAUGUAGAAAUUUAAUUUUUCUUCGUGUGCAAGAGAAAACAGAAAACAGAUAAAAUGGAAUCCACUGAAAAAGACAGCAGUACUACAGAAGUCACUAUAGAAAGUGAAAUCAACACUGAUCAAAAUAUUGUUAAUAGUGUGGAGGCUUCAUCUUCAAAAGUGCACCAGAGAAGAAAAUCGUCUCUUAAGCUUCGUAAUAGUGUAUCAGACCAAAAUUCGACUCCAAUAAGUGUUAUUUAUAAGCCAGAUUCAGAGAUAAUUGAAGUCAAUAAUGCUGCAGAUGGAAGUGCUGCCAUAGAUUCUACAGAUGAACCUCCAGUAUCUGAUUUAAAUCUUCUCCUUGCUGCAACCUAUGUAGAAGAUGCAAGAGAUGGAAGGCACUCCGAUUUUAAAAUUUCUGAGAGACAUCUGAAGUUAUACCACAUGUACCAGAAUAAAUGGGGACAAGUAGUGCUAAAUUUUAUUAUUGUACUACACCUCGCCUUAGCACUCUUUGAGAAGCCAGCAGUUCCUGCCUUACAAGUGACAUAUUGGGUUACCAUUACUAUAGAAAUAGGCAUUUUGUUCUUUUAUCUCUUUCGACUAUUACACAUCAGCGUCUUCACUCCUCUCACUCGAUUCUGGUCAGAUACUAAGAAUAUUUUGAUUUUAGUAUUUGUUGGGCUUACUUUUUUAGACAUCGUUAUAUAUAUUGGACUAAUAGAAAGUGGCAACUAUGGUAUUCGAUGGUCUCGGGUUCUGCGACCUCUGUUUGCUGUGAACUUUCCUGAGAUGCGUCAGAUUAGAAGAGCCUUCCGCAACCUCCGAAGAACGCUUCCUGAUGUAGUCAAUGUACUGUUUCUCUUCUUCUUCAGUUUGGCUAUAUUUGCUCUCAUGGCUUUCAAGCUGUUUGGUGACAGGAAUCUGACUUGGGUGGAUGGCCGACCCUACUUUGGAACUUACUGGGACAGUUUGUUCGACCUCUAUGUUUUAGUCACCACUGCUAACAACCCUGAUAUUAUGAUGCCAGCAUUCGAUGAUUCAGCAUAUUAUGUGAUUUUCUUCGUGGCAUUCCUUGUGAUAUGCUUCUUCAUCUACAUGAACAUCAUUCUUGCUGUAAUCUAUAACAACUACAGGAAACAUCUUAAAAAUGAAGUAAGGAAAACAGUAUUCAGUAAACGCCAGCAGCUCAGCAAAGCCUUUGAAAUCCUUGCCAUCAAAUCAGAAGGCCAGAAGGUAAUAACCAGGAGCCGAUUUGUGCAGUUGAUGAAAUUACUCGACAGCAAAAAGAAUCCAGCUUUUAUCAACGUUAUGUGGAUUGUAUUGGACUGUGAUGGCUCAGACUGUCUUGAGAAACGGGAGUUUUUGAAGCUGGCAGACUUACUUAAUGUGGAGGUAUCAGAGGUGGUAGAUAGAACAACAUUUAUUGGACAUUAUUUACCAUCCAUUUACUACUCCAAGCCAUCACGGGUACUUUGUCGUAUUGUUAAACACAAACUGUUCCAGAUAUUUUUUGAUUUUUUGACAUUAGUCAAUGCUGUUGUGAUUGGCAUCUCAACCUCUCAGUCAAACUGGGAUGAUGCUGCUGAAUGGUUUUUCCUUUCCUUCUUCUUGCUGGAGAUUCUUCUCAAAUUAUAUGUCCUGGGAUUCAGACGUUUCUUCAGGAGGAUGUGGAAUUUAUUUGAUUUUGUAGUGAUAGGAGCAGCAUUCAUCAUGGCACUUGUGGAUGUUAUCAUUCAAAAAGAACAGGAGAGUCGUCUUUCCCUUGAUGUGCUGUUGGUACUUAGGGUGCUACGAUUGGUCAAGAUUAUCGGAAGUAUUGGGCGCUUCAAGGUCAUUGUUCUUACCAUCACUAAGGUUAUCCCAUCCCUCAUAACAUAUGGAGGUGUCAUAAUGGUUUUCUACUACAUGUUUGCAAUUGUGGGAAUGGAAUCAUUCCAGGGACUGGUGAAGUUCACAGGCUAUGAUGUAGAAGGAGAAUCAGACCUGUUUUGCAGCAAUAGCAAACUAGAACUUUCAGACUUCUGGCAUGACCACUAUUGCAACAAUAACUUCAAUGAUGUUAUCCAUGCAUUCAUUGUUAUGUUUGAACUUACUGUUGUCAAUCAAUGGCAUGUUAUUGCUUAUGGUUAUGCAGCAGUGACUGAUCCAUGGGCUCGCUUGUAUUUCCUGCUUUUUCAUCUCAUUUGUGUCAUUAUAGUCCUUAACAUCUUCACUGCAUUUGUGCUAGAGGUGUUUAUCUUGGAGUAUUCUGCUACUUGUGAAGGCAACCUAGAAUCACAAUUGGAGAAGAAAAUACAGGAGAUGGGAUUAAGCUUCAAAAGGAAAGUGUCCAAUAGAGUAUCAUCGGUUAGCAAGGAAGACCUCGUGUCUUCAGACUCAGACAGUUCUGAUGCUGAUGUAUUAGAUUCUCCACCUAAUAAUCCCACAUCUGAUAAUGAUGGAGGAAUCACUCAAGGAGAUUCCAUUUUCUACCCAGGAUAUAAAGAUGUCUCUGGUGAAACAGAUGUUCGGUUCCACAUAUCAAAGCGGCUUAAAAGUGUGGAGGUGCUUUUGCAAAAAAUGUUUGAAAAGGAAAUAGAGGUGGAUGAUUUAGGUCCAAAUAUUGAAAAUCUAGACAAAGACUUACAGGAUGAAGAUACGUAUUUAUCGGGUCAAAACCGAACUCUUUGGGGUAUGUGAAGAAAGUCGCAGGAGUGGAGUUGUAUUAUCAUGAAGGACCCACACAGCCAUACAGAACUGAUGAUUUUUAAGGAUGAACUGUACAGUAUUGCUACUUAAAAAGUGCUCUACCCUGAUGAAGUAUUGUCAAUUUAACUUUUUCACUGCAGAAGAAAUUUUAAGAUCUGAAAAGUGAUCUGAAAAUAUCCCUUAACAUUGGAUAUUUGUUUUUGUAUAUACUACCUAAGAAAUGCUGCAGUUACAAGCCUGGUAUUUAUUAUAUAAAGCUUUAUUUAAACAUUGAGAUUGCUAGUUAAGAAUCAUUUAUUUACACUUUACAUUAUACUCCCUGAUUUUAAUACUUUUAUAAAUAUCUUAUAUUACUUGUUAUAAAGUUUUAAAUAUUGUCUAAAGAAAUGGUAAUAAUUGUUUUUGCCAGAAAUAAUUUUGUUUAUUAUGCCAAAGUAUGUGUUGCUAAUGUCUAAAUGAAUUGUAUGGGUUAGACCCAGUGAUCCAUCUUGUGUUAUUUAUUGUGAGGUCAAUCAUACCUACUAAAGAAAGUCGAUAGUUAGGACACAUCACUAUUUUUUUGUUAGUUUUGUAUUCAUUAGUAAGAUGUACUUGUGAUAUACAGUUUUGCAGUACUGUAGGUUAUCAUCAUUGCUAAAUUUCAGAAGUUUCCUAACUCACUGGGACAUUUACUACUACUACUAUUGUCUGUUCUAAAACAGUAGUACUCAUGAGGUGCAUACCAAAGCCUUUCCGGUAAUAUAUUGGUGUAAUGUACAGUUUCCACUUUCCUGGAAGUUGAGCCUACCCAUUAAGCUGAAGCCCUCAGAUGGGCAACAUACUUCUUUUGUGAGGGGGUUAUGGUUCAGAUGAAAGGUUAUGUGCUGACCCUGUGGAACCAGUGUCAUCUGGUCUUGUAUCUUUCUCCAUUGUCUGGUGAGGUGGUGUAUUUAGCCAGGGCUAAGCAACCAUUGGAGAACAGCCCCAUUUUGGUCCUGUAUCUGCCUUUUAGUUCUCUGUUGGUCACUUGUAUAUAUCUGUUAUUCCUGGGGUUAUUUGUUUUAGUAAACAUAUACACUUUCUACCUGCUGUGGUGGUUCUGUUGUCAGCCUUGAUGCCUGUGGUGCAACACAUGCAGUUCCAUUACUAACUAUUAUUGGAGAUGUGUCAGCCAGGCUGUGAGAUGGUCUGCUAAAAUUGUUUUCUUCUAGACUGUCGUAUCUGAGCGCCUCUGCAAAGACAGUGAUUAUGUGUGAGUGAUGGUGAAAGUGUUGUAUGAUGAAGAAAGUAUUUUUCUUUCUUUAUGGGUUUUUCUUUCUUUUUGGGUCACCCUGCCUCAGUGGGAAAUGACCAUUGUGUUAAAAAACAAAAAAAUACACCUUCUCUUGCUGGUCAUGCAUGCUUGUUGUUGGAUGGGGAAAUUUUUUUUAUGAGUAUUAUUAAUGAAUCCUUUAUAGUGUCUUUGAUUACAUAAUGGCAAUUUGCAAGUUGUCCUUGCAAUACCCCACAACAUUCCUUUUGUUCUACAACUACUUCAAAUCCCAUACCUGAUACUUCUUGACCUUUUUGUCACUAUAAUCAUAAGAAGUCUCCACAUCGGAUUCCAUUGCCUCCAUAAACCUGGUUAAAAAAAAAAUUUACACUUCAGCUCAGUGUGGCUUUGGAUGUGUUAGAUGAAUAGAGUACAAAGUCAGCCAAGUUAUGAGAGUAGUUGACCCAAGGUUCACUUUCAGUACUCAGCAUGAUUGAGCAUGUGUAGUCUAAGUUAAUUAUUCUACUCAAAUGGGUAACCUAACAAAAUUACAAACUGUAGAUGGUCAUCCUUUCUUGUUCAGUUGUACAUCAGUGAACACUGAAGGAGUGCACAGAUUAUUUUCAGGAACUACAACUGCAACAGCUACCCAUUCUCAAAGUAGACACUUUUGUCUGUCCUGCAUAAGGACUAACAAAAAUACAUGUACUUGAGAAAUGCUGCCGAACAUUUGACUACCAGGAGCUCCCUGCUCCCUCCUACCCCAGUUUUAGAUUCCACACAUGCUAAAUAAUCUGUUCUCUUUAUUUCUCAGAUGAUUAGAAGUUGUAGUUCAUGCAGGGUUAUCAUCUGGUACUCAUGAAUCUUCCCCAGUUCCUCAAGAUUCUGCUACUCUUUCUUCCUCUCUCAUUACAUUCAUUCUGUACUCUCCUCCUCUGCUACUGCAAAAGUUUCUAUGAGUCCUUCCUCCCUACUUCUCAGUGAAUGUUCUUGGUCUUCUACAGACUCCUAUGAUGAAUGUAUUUAAAAUACAAGCUUCUUAUAGUAUCCUAUUACUACCAGAGUACCAUCUCUUGCACCUACUACAUUGCCGUUUCUUUCCUCUUUAGAUAAGAAAAUGACAGAUGCCAUUUCAGCUCAUGUAUGUACAUGAUAUCCACUGUAGAUUUUAAUUUAUCCAUGGACUCUGAUCAUUGCCAGGUAAUCUCAAAUGUGGUACAACACUUGACGAUUCACUCCUGCCUGACAUGACCUUUAAACAUCAAAUUCAUUAACCUCUUGUAACAAAGGACUCCAGUUUCUUCGGAUCCCUACUCCAUCCUCCUCACAGCAUAGUAAUUCUUUUUUUCUUUAAUUCACAUGCCAUAAGUGUUUAGUGAACUCUUACGCACUACCACCAAAGCUUGACUGCAUUGAUCAUUCUCCUACAUAACUUACUCAGCUUUGCUUAUGUAAUUUGUGUAUAUUUUACAGUGGAAUAUUGAAGGCUGUAUUGGAAAUCAAGGAGAGCUCUUAAAUUCUGAUUCCCUAGCUUUUUCUGUUUAUAUUUGUUGCCUUGAAACUAAACUUUACCAGGUUAUUUGCUUUCCCACCUGCACGAACUGUAUCACUGUAAGACAACAAGAGCAUUUCACUCCUCAAUGGAAGUUGUGUUCAUUUAAUAUCACAUACCUGAAAGCUCGUCCCAGGAAGUAAUUAGUCAUCUCUUUCUUAAAUCAUUUGCAAGGGCAGCUGGGAAGCUACUAUUUGUGACUUCACCUUUUACAUACAAGAAGCAUAUCAUGUUCCAUUUACCACUCUUGAGCUUGCAUCAGCACUAUCAAAGUGUUAGCCUACGGCAGCUGGACCUGUUGAUGUACCUGCACUCAUACUUCAUCAUUUACAGUCUUCAGCAUUAGACAUAUUAUUACCACUCAGUGAUGUUUAGUCUAUAGGAGUAUUACCCAUACAGUAGACGUUUCCUAUGUCCCUUACUUUCUGAAAACAAUAUGUAGAUUAAUGGAACAUAUGGUAAGCAGGAGGCUAGUGUGAUACUGAAUGAAAGUAAUAGUUGUGUAUCCAUACAUCAGUUUGGAUACAGCAGGGGCCAUUCCACUACUGAUCCUCUAUUCCUGCUUGAUACAUUUACAAUGCCUUUGUCAAAGGUUGGUUUGUGGUGGCAGUCAUUUUCAACUUAAAAAAAGAAAGCUUAUGGUAUGGCAUGGUGAUAUCACAUCUUAUCCCAUUUUUAUUUUUUAAUGCAAGCCAACUUACACAAAUCAACAAUAGCAGAUUUGAAUUCAUUCAACCAGGAGGCAUUCCAUAAGGGUGCUUUCUUAGAAUACUGUUUCUGUAGCCUAUUAAUGGUCUAACUUCAUUACUACCUCAAUGUUUUUUCACCGCUCUCUCGUUUGGGAAAAGGUUCUCGUGUGACUUAGUAUUGGCCAAGCAAGAUUCACUUAUAGCUAUCAUGUGGAGAGAUGUCAAGUGCUUCUCUGUGUAACUUGUCAGGUCUCAUUGAUGGUCAGACACCUUUUGAGUAAUUGUACCAUUUAUCAGAGGUGGUACAAUAAUUAUGUACAAUUCAUUAAUUUUUAGAAUGCUUUAGUAAUUUCCAUUAUAAUUAGUUCUGCUGGUGAUACUGAUAUCAUUGGUGAAUAUUAUCAUAAUUUAUAUUAUUGUUUUCAUCACCAUUUUUACUGUAUUAAUGCAGUGAUUGUUGUUAUUUUAUGCACUCAGUGCAUUCACAGACUUAUCCACAGUCAUUUAUGUUUUCCUGCAUAAUGUACCAAUAAAUGUAAUUAAUAUGA